CUCUCACUCAACGGAAGUGGCUGUUGGAGGUAUUUAGGUAGCUUUAAAUUCCUGGUGUCGCGGAAGCUUGCCCCUUUCAGUUGGAGCUGAGUUUCGUGCGACGAAUGGCGGUGGACGUGAAGUCGCGAGCAAAGCGUUAUGAGAAACUGGACUUCCUCGGGGAGGGACAGUUUGCCACGGUUUACAAGGCCAGAGACAAGAACACCAACCAAAUUGUCGCCAUUAAGAAAAUUAAACUUGGACAUAGAUCAGAAGCUAAAGAUGGUAUAAAUAGAACAGCCUUAAGAGAAAUAAAAUUAUUACAGGAGCUAAGUCAUCCAAAUAUAAUUGGUCUCCUUGAUGCUUUUGGACAUAAAUCUAAUAUUAGUCUUGUCUUUGAUUUUAUGGAAACUGAUCUAGAGGUUAUAAUAAAGGAUAAUAGUCUUGUGUUGACACCAUCACACAUCAAAGCCUACAUGUUGAUGACUCUUCAAGGGUUAGAAUAUUUACAUCAGCAUUGGAUUCUACAUAGGGAUCUAAAACCAAACAACUUGUUAUUAGAUGAAAAUGGAGUUCUAAAACUGGCAGAUUUUGGCCUGGCCAAAUCAUUUGGGAGCCCCAAUAGAGCUUAUACACAUCAGGUUGUAACCAGGUGGUAUCGGGCCCCUGAGUUACUCUUUGGAGCUAGAAUGUAUGGUGUAGGUGUGGACAUGUGGGCUGUUGGCUGUAUCUUAGCAGAGCUUCUUCUGAGGGUUCCUUUUUUGCCAGGAGAUUCAGACCUUGAUCAACUAACAAGAAUAUUUGAAACUUUGGGCACACCAACUGAAGAACAGUGGCCGGACAUGUGUAGUCUUCCAGAUUUUGUGACAUUUAAGAGUUUUCCUGGAAUCCCGUUACAACACAUCUUCAUUGCAGCAGGAGACGACUUGCUAGAUCUCAUACAAGGCUUAUUCUUAUUCAACCCAUGUACUCGAAUUACAGCGACACAGGCAUUGAAAACUAAGUAUUUCAGUAAUCGGCCAGGGCCGACACCUGGAUGUCAGCUGCCAAGACCAAACUGUCCGUUGGAAACUUUAAAGGAGCAGUCAAAUCCAGUUGUAGCAACAAAACGGAAGAGAACACAGGCCUUGGAACAAGGUAAAACUUCCAUUUUCAUAAGAAAUGAAAUGGAUUCAGAAAACUCCAAGUAGGUAGUAUAUAGCUAGUGACCGAGGGGCAGCUAAGAAAUGUAGAUUGUGAGCUAUUUCGUAAGUGUGGUAGAGAAUGUGGUAUUUUAGCAAUAUUUGUUUCCACUGAAAAUAAUUAAAUCAAGCUUUUUAAAAGGAUAUGGGCACUUUUGAGUGUACCUCAGAGUUGCGAGAACUUACCAGUAUGUACCUUAUUUUCUUUUAAGUUUUUAUUGAUGUAUUGUAUGCUUAAUGUUAAAUAAGUUUUAUUAGCAAACCAAAGCAAGUAAAAUGAAUGUGUUGGAAUGCAGUGACUGGUUAGAAUUGCCGUAAGAUUAAAUGUGAACAACCUCAUUUUUUUUUCACCUAGGAGGAUUACCCAAGAAGCUAAUUUUUUAGUUACAGAGAUCACUGGACAGUAUUUUACUACUGAAGGAAAUAGUCAAAAAAGCAAAUAAUGGAGAAAUAGUAAACAUUAAGUAAAUGCUGUAGAAGGAAUUUGUAAAUACUCCACACAUGUAAAAUAUGUAAAACUGGAUUAUUUUUAUUAAAUUUAUUUUAAAACAAACUUAAUUCUGAUUUUUCUGAUGAGAGUGCAAAAGUAAGAUUAAGUUCAAUUCUUUGAAAUGUCAAAUUGAAAAUGCAUUAAGGAAACCUUAAUAAAAAUAAUCAUCAGUUACUUUGGUAAGUUGGCCCACAUAGCAUCACAGAUACGUAGUAGCAGGGGUAGUAUUCAAAAACAGAGGUAGUAGUAGAAAUGUUGCAUAUACCUACUACCUAGAGCUAACAAAUGUUGAUAUGCUAAAUAGGAAAGAAAGAAGAAAAAAUUACAAAUGAAAUUGAGCUCCCUUUAAUAUGUCAUUCCAUUCUUUUCCUUUUUACCUUCCCAAAAGGAGAGUGACUCUCAGGAAAUGAGUAUGUCCUUCCAUGAUUUUAUACUGCUAUUUUAUAAAAAUUCAUGUAGUAAUAUACCAUAUUGUUAAAAUUUUAUGAGUGAUAGACUGUACAUCUCGUAAUUUUUUUUUACUCAAAACUUUUAAAGUCCCUUCCAUGUGUAUUAAAAGUUUAAAAGACUUUUAAAAGACUUUAAAAGAUACACAUAGCUUAGUAUCUGUUUAAUAUAUAAAAAUAUAUAUAUAACACUACACAUUCAUGCUUUAUGGAUUAUUUUCUUGUGUUAUAUAAAAAUUACCAUAAGUAUAGCACCUUAAAGUGACACAAAUAUACUAGCUCACAGUUCUGUAAGCCAGAUGUCUGACCUGGCCCAGCUGUGUUUCUUGCAUAGGUCCAAAUCAAGGUGUCAGUUGAACAGGUCUCUUUUCUGAGUUUCUAGGGAGGAAUUGGCUUAUACGCUCAUUCAUUUCAUGUAAUUUUAAUGCACAUGCUUCCUGUCCUGGUUAGCUGUUAGCCAGGGGCCUUUCCUAGCUUCUUAAGCAGUCCACAUGCCUUGUCACAUGGCAUUCUCCAUCUGUAGGCCAACAGCUGUGCUUAGAAUCUGUUUGGUUUCCUUGUCUGCUACAAGAGAGAACUGUUUUCUUUAAAAGGACAAAAUAGAUGACAUCAAAAUUUAAAAUGUCUAUCAAUGGAGUGAUAAGCACAGAGUGAAAAGAACAGUAGAAAUUAUUUCCGAAUCAUAUAUCUGAUAAAAGAUAGCUCAACAAUAAAAAAAAAAUUAUAUUAAAAAAUGGGCAAGGGACUUGAAUAGACAGUUCACCAAAGAUGAUAUAGAAAUGGCCAAUAAGCACAUGAAAAGGUGCUCAAUGUCACU